AUGUGUCAGGCUUAUGUUCGAGGAGGGUUCGAUCCUACAGAUGGAACUCGUGGACACAGUAGCUGUGCUGGUUCAUCCGCCGGUUCCGCUGUUGCGGUCAGAGCUGGUAUGGCUCCUGCUGCAUUGGGCACCGACACCAAUGGAUCACUGAGUGCUCCUGCACUUAGAGCUGCUCUCUACUCUUUGAAACCUACUUUAGGGCUCGUUCCCGGAGACGGAAUACUUCCGAUAAGUCACCGGUUCGACACAGCCGGUCCGUUAGCAAAAGACACGAGAGACGUUGCCGACUUAUUGUCUGCCAUGGUCGAAUUUAGGAGUGUGCCGAACGGCGGAUAUGUGUCUGCUGUCGGAUAUCUCGAUAGCUGGAAAGAAAUCAACAUCGGAGCUCUCGAUCCGAGAACAUGGAAGUAUUCUGACUCUAUGGUCAAGCCAAUAGCAGAUGCUACUGUUGAGAUAGUCUCAAAGACGCAGGAAGCUUACAACUUGAUUAAGUCGCUCGCUAAAACAUACCAUUCUGAUGUCUCUCUCCGCUCCGUAGAUGGCUUUGACAUCGACGGAGAGAACUCGAUCAGCGAAGCACUGAUCACGGACUUCGAAAGUGAUCUGAACAGAUUUCUUGGAACCGUUCAGAACUGCCGGAUCUCAACCCUGAAAGAGCUUGUGCAGUGGAACUUCGCGCAUGCCGACAAAUCGCUGCCCCCUGAGAAUCCAAACCAAGACCUGUUAGUAAAAAGUUUGGCCGUUGGAGACGACGCCAAGAGACGAAAAAUGCUACUUGAUCACAUGAAAGCAGUUGGCGAAAGUCUUGAAGACACAUUCAAUAAGUACGGUAUAGAUCUCAUCAUUGGACCAGGAGAUUGCUAUUUGAGCCAAUAUUCAGCUGCUCUCGGCUGCCCACAUGCGACAGUUCCUCUGGACUGUCUGGGAUACAAUGGUAGACCGAUUGGACUGAUAGUUAUCGCACGGCCUUACCAGGAAGCUUUGUUGUUGAAGUUCAUGGACGCAUUCGAGGCUUCGUUCCCAGCUAGGAAGGUGCCCACUGCCCACGGCCUUUUUGCACGCCCUCCACGUUUGAUGUUAUUCCACAUAGGCGCAUUCAAGGACCAAGACUAG